AUGCUGGAGAACCGGCAGAUGUUCUCAGAAACACUUUCGACGACAGACGUGCGGAUUCAAAGGGUAGCCAAGAAAGCACGCAUCAACGUUGAAGAUAACCUGGCAGCCGCGUUGAUACAAAGCUGGGAGCAUUUGAAGAAGAUUGCCUCGGAUGACUUCCAAGAAGACGAAGAAAUCAGAGCAUCCAAUCUUCCGGAACUUGUCCAUUUUUUGAUGGAACUAUCCAACCCUCCUAUGCCAUCAACUCUGAUACACGCAGACAUUGUCCUUUCCUCCGAACGGGAAAUGUCGACUAGGAAAGGCGGGCUUACAUGGGCCAGCAUUAUGGAAGAGGAGCCGUUUGAAGGAGAGCAUUGGGAAGGAAUCUUUCCUGCCAAAGGGAAUCAGACACGAGGGGACGACACGGACUCGUUGUCAUCAAUCGGUUCUGCUUUCAACUCUGAACCAGAAGGCUCACAGUUGGACCAAACAGAAGAUUCGGAGACAAGCCUUUCAACUCAAGAGGUCACCUCGGAUGUUCAUCUUACAAUUCCUGUGCAACGCGAAUACUUUCGCGGGUCUUCAUUGCGCAGCCGGGAGAUUGUUGAGGGCCUCCGUAGGAAGCAAAACUGGAGGGAGGAGUCGACUGCGGAGCUUCCAUGGAAUCGUCCAUUUAAUCUGGCCGACCCGUCGACGUUUGCGGCUACGUCUGACUUGGCAGCGAGAGGAAAGCUAAGCCAGCAAGCCCAACCAAAGAUUAUCCAAGAAGUUGAUGCCGUUCGAAAUGUGUUAUUACUGCUACAAGGCAUUGAUUCACCGAUAACUACAUUCAUGGCCGACGAUUAUGGAGAUAGAACGCAAGCAUCUAUAGUCUCAGACGUACCUCGCCUCAUGCACCUCAGCUUCGAGUCGUACCAAUCGAUUCUGCUCGAGUUUUGCUUCAUGGCAACGAAGCUCCAAGAGAUGCGGUUUUUCGUCAAAUCAGUCUACGAACUGCGGGAGCGACAAUUUAAUCCAAAUCUCAAACCGAUUAACUCACCUAGCCUAUCCAGAACGUUAGAGGCUUUUGCAGAGGGGGUCGAUAAAUAUAUACAUGACGUUGAAAUCUGGUCGGCACAGCAGGAGGAGACUAUCGUUCACGCGAGAAACGGGUUGGGACGGCCAGCAGUCGUUACAUUGCUGAGUUGCUCCCAUGCUUUGAAGGAGAAGGCUCAAGGCGUUCUCUCGAUCAUCCAAGAUAUACUUCGCCAGGUUCUGAAACAGGAUCUUCUUAAAGUUUCAACUACCCACCAUCGACGUGAUGUCGAAAAACUCGGCUUCCUGCGAGCAGCCGAGUUCUCCUCCAUCCCUCCAUACGCCCUGGCCACGCGGCUAUUAGAUAGGCUGGGAGACGCUGUUAAAACUCAGUUCGCAAUCGGAGAACUCGAAGCCGCUUCGACGCUCUCCCAGCUGUUCGUCGCCACUGCGGAGCCUCUCUGGGAAAGCAUUGGGAAAUGGAUUAUGAGAGGGAUGCUUGUGCGUCUCGCGUCACCCGAAGACGAAGACGACGAACCAGCUGAUCCGGAGCUAUUUGUCCGUCGACGUGAUAUCGAGUUUGUCAGCCCCGAUUUCUGGGAGCAAGGAUACACCCUACAGGUAGAGGUCGACUCGGAUGAUGAGGAAAUCCCCAACGGCGCAACGCUGGUACCAGACGUAUUUCGACCACUGGCCGCUGGCGUUCUUGGUGCCGGUAAAGCAGUCGGGCUCUUGCGUACUAUCGGAAUCGACCCUUUUCAAUCCAUAACUCACGGUGGCCUCACCGAGCAAUGGCAACCUUUCCGACAGGUGUAUAAGACGGCUACCUCAAUGCGCUCUCCAUCUCUGGCACCGGAGGGAGACUCGAACGCUAUGGACGGGGACAAGAACUACCAAUUACGAGUCGCCUUCGACUCGCUUGGUUUUAUUCUUCUUGAGCACGUUUCGCCAUGGUGCAACCUUGCGCAGGCCCAACUCAAGCAUCUGUUGUUCGAGGACUGUACCUUGAUGGAUCAUCUCACCAAAAUCGAAAGUUUCUACUUCAUGAGAAGAGGUGAUGCUAUGAGUGCAUUCUGCGAUCUCGUAUUCAAUAAGCUGGAUGCUCAGCAAAAGUGGCAUGAUAUUCAUUUUCUGAAUACUGCAUUGCGCCAAACGGCAAAGAUUGAUCGAAAGCCGUGGAUAGAGCCGGAUCUGAUCCAGUUUAUUGUCAGGGGCGGGAAAGAGAGGAAUAACGCGGCGACCGUGCGAUGCUUUGAUGGGUUCUCUGCUGAAUAUUCGGUGCCAUUCCCCCUAACAUAUCUCCUCCGAAGACCGAGUGCACAGGUGUACACCUCCGUCUUCGUCCUUUUGCUUCAACUUCGACGAGCGAAGACGGUCAUUGAGAGGAUACUGCUAAAGGGAUCUCUUCAAUCUGAGGAACAGACUGAUGCCAACUCCUUUUAUGCUUUAAGAGGAAAGUUUUCCUGGCUCCUAAGGCACGUCCUGGAUAAAUCUGUGCGCACCUUUCAUACGGAACUUUCCAAGGCUGUUUCUCUCGACGAAAUGAUUGAGCUGCACGAUAACCAUCUAGGGCGUAUACAGUCACUUUGUUUGCUACAGUCAAAGACUGCAGCUCUCCACCGUACCGUCCUCUCUAUCCUCGACCUGGCCCUCUACUUUGGAGAAUGCUUGUCUACGUAUAUGAAUGAAAGGGACAACAAUUCGGAACGACAAAAGGAUAGCACCCUUGCACGAAAGCGCAGAAGAAGGCAUCAACGACGAGCACGGCAUGCAGCACGGAAUGUAAUAGGGUUCUCCGAUACUCACCAAACGGAAUCCACAUCUUCUUCGUCGGAAGGCGACGUAGGAGAACUUGAAGAAGGCAACGGAGAUUCUAUGGUGAUGGGGCCCCCUGCCUUGGCUAAUUCGACAUCUUUUGCUGAGGAGAGUUUCGUGGUCAAGGUAGAUCGCAUGUCAGAGGAGCUGGACGGGCUUGUUCGGUACGUACGAAAAGCAGUGGACGUCCUUGCAGGUACAACUCCAAUUGCGUCAAUAUUUGGAAUCCUCUCGUUCAUGCUUGAGGAGUGGGAUCUGUAG